AUGGAGGCACGAAUGACCCAGGAGGGGCUGGAGGUGAACAAUAAUUCCAUUGAGGAUAUUUUCCAGACCGAGGCUAAACUGGGUAUGGAAUUUUUCUGGAGCGUGUGCGUGUGCAUGUGCGUGUGCGUGUGGGGGAACACGGGCGUGCUCAUGGGCAUGCUGCUGGUGUCCUCCGUGGUCCUCGUGGCCCUGGUCACCGUGCUGUCUGGCAUCGGCCUCGGGGAGCACUGCAGUGCCGGCAGCGGCGGCGUCUACUCCAUGAUCUCCUCCGCCCUUGGCGGGCAGACCGGCGGCACCGUUGGACUGCUGUACGUGUUUGGACAGUGUGUUGCAGGUGCCAUGUACAUCACAGGCUUCGCGGAAUCCAUCUCGGAUCUGCUGGGCCUCAGGAAUAUCUGGGCCGUGCGAGGGAUUUCAGUGGCGGUCCUCCUGGCCUUGCUGGGCAUUAACCUCGCUGGUGUCAAGUGGAUAAUCCGCCUCCAGCUGCUACUGCUGUUCUUGCUGGCUGUGUCCACGCUGGACUUCGUGGUGGGCUCUUUCACACACCUGGACCCAGAGCACGGCUUCGUGGGCUAUUCACCAGGGGUGCUGCGCAGCAACGCCCUGCCGGAUUACAGUCCCGGGGAGUCUUUCUUCACCGUCUUCGGAGUGUUCUUCCCCGCGGCCACAGGAGUGAUGGCCGGCUUCAACAUGGGGGGCGACCUCAGGGAGCCAGCUGCCAGCAUCCCCCUGGGCUCCCUAGCAGCGGUUGGCAUCUCGUGGUUUUUGUACAUCGUGUUUGUCUUCCUGCUUGGCGCCAUCUGCACCCGGGAGGCCCUCCGCUAUGACUUCUUAAUAGCCGAAAAGGUGUCUCUAGUGGGCUUCCUGUUCCUUUUGGGCCUCUACAUCUCGUCUCUGGCCUCCUGUAUGGGGGGGCUCUAUGGAGCCCCCCGGAUCCUGCAGUGCAUUGCCCAGGAGAAAGUGGUUCCUGCACUGGCCUGGUUGGGGAAAGGGAAAGGACCAAAUAAAACACCGGUAGCUGCCAUCUGCCUGACUAGCUUGGUGACCAUGGCCUUUGUCCUUGUGGGUCAGGUGAAUGUCCUGGCGCCCAUUGUCACCAUCAACUUCAUGUUGACGUACAUCGCAGUCGACUACUCUUACUUCUCCUUGUCCAUGGUUUUGGACCACCUCCCCCAGGUGCCUGAGCCAGUGCCCGGAGAAGACAUGGACACGCUGCACUGCUCUGAGCGCCUGCUCUUGAAGAAGGCUCCUGGGUGUGGCUCUGAGAGCACCGCCCAGAGCCUUUCGGAAGGCACUCUGCUAGAAUUCACCAAGGACAUGCAUGAGCUCCUCCAGCUCACCAGCGAGCCCGAGAGUAGGCCGCCCCGGAGAGGAUGUCGGGGCGGGAUGGCAGGAACUCAGAAGAAGAAGCACAAGAAGGCCAGCAAGCAAACCCUACGGGAGAGCUUCCUCUUGGACCUGGCCUCUCUGACUUCUUUUUCUCCCGAGGGAUCUGAAAGGUUGUCUAGUGCCUCCUCAGAGGGCCGGGCAUCUUCCUGGGACGAUCAGAGUGCGGGGAACGGAUGGAUUCAGCCCGGAGGAGCGUCUAGAGAACACCUUGUCUCUGAGCUGUGUCACCAGGAGGUGCCCCGUGAAGAAGAUUUCUUCCUCGGGUCCAGCCUCCAGGAACAAGUUGUCCGUGGGAAAUCAACUUCUUUCUACACCCGCCUUUGCAAUCCCUGGGUCUCCCUGCUGGGGGUGUUGGGGUCCCUGCUGAUCAUGUUUGUGAUCCAGUGGACCUACACGCUGGUAAACAUGAGUGUCGCUGCCGUGUUAUAUUUCUACAUCAGCCGAACCAGCCCAGGGCUCCACCUUGGAUCAGCCUCCAACUUCAGCUUUUUUGGAUGGGUGAAGUCUCUUCUGAUCCCCUCUUGCAGGGCCCUGCGACGCCCCCAGGACCAGAUCGUCUUAGCGCCAACGCUGGCGAGGGUUGACAUGGAGAUGACUCAGCUAACCCGGGAGAACGCGGACUUCGCCGCUCGGGAUCGCUGCCACCACUCUUCCUUCGUGAGGAGGGGACAGCUGAUGCCUCAGUAUUAG